GCGGUUCAGUUGAAUUUGUUUACUUUGUUUUCGGUCAAUUUAGUUAAUUGUUUUUAAUUGUUGACAAUAGUUUCUUGUUUCUUUUGUCCACUUAAUCGUUCCCUGGUUCAGUUGAGUUGUUUAAUUAUGUCUUCUUGGAGUCAAAUUCAAUCACAAUUGAGAAAUUCUAAUAAUCCUGUUGUCUUUUUUGACAUUUCCAUUGGUAACACUGAGGUUGGAAGAAUUAAAUUUGAACUUUUUGCUGAUGUUGUUCCUAAAACUGCGGAAAAUUUCAGACAAUUUUGUACCGGCGAAUUUAAGAAAGACGGAAUUCCAAUUGGAUAUAAAGGUUGCACUUUCCAUAGAGUAAUUAAAGAUUUUAUGAUUCAAGGUGGUGAUUUUGUUAACGGAGAUGGAACUGGACUGAUGAGUACUUAUGGUGGUCGAUUUCAAGAUGAAAAUUUUGACCUUUCUCAUGAUUCCCCUGGUUUACUUUCCAUGGCAAAUUCUGGUAAAGAUACAAAUGGCUGCCAAUUUUUCAUUACCUGUGCUCCAUGUAAAUUUCUGGACGGUAAACAUGUUGUCUUUGGCCGUAUAGUUGACGGACUUUUGGUCAUGAGAAAGAUAGAAAAUGUCCCCAUAGGUCCAAACAAUAAACCUAAACUUCAAGUGACGGUAUCUCAAUGUGGAGAAAUGUAAUAAUAACAAA